AUGGGAACCCUAAGACAAACAGGGCAAUGGCCUCGCUUGGUUUAUGCUAUGGCAAUUUGCCUCAUUUCACAAAAUGUGGUAGCUUAUGCCCCUUACACUUAUAGCUCCCCACCACCACCACAUUACUCAAAGCAAGUUUACAAACCCAAACCUUACAAUUAUGUGUCUCCUUUAUUACCAAAGCAUGUAAGUCAUCCAUCGUACUACUACAAGUCUUUGCCGCAAUCACAAAAGCAUGAACCUUACAAGUAUAUGGCUCCACCACCACCACCAACGCCAAAGCUAGUAGAGCACCCAUCAUACUAUCACAAGUCGCCACCUCCUCUAAAGCACUAUAAAUUGUCAUUGCCACUCCCUAAACAUAUACUUUAUAAGCAUAAAUCCCCACCCCCACCAAAAUAUGUAAAGCAACCACCAUACUAUUACAAGUCACCUCCACCCCCAAAGCGUGUUAGUCAUCCUUCAUACUACUAUAAGUCUCCACCCCCACCACAAUAA